AUGCUUGCGGACCGCCCUUGCUUGACGCUUUCUUCGAGUUUCCGGCAAAGGCAGAUCAAGACCUUUCAAUUUUCUCUCCAUGGUCGGAUGUUUCUCAAAAAAGGGGAGGCGCCACGUUUUGCAGCGGAUCUUUUCGCCGAGCUCUCCGCUGUUUGGAAACCCAACUCGGCUUGGGAGGUUAUUCCUUUGGGAAAGGGUUACUUCACUCUGAAGUUCACUUCUCCAGAGGAUUUUGCUGUGGCUUUUUCUAAGUCUGCUUGGCGUCUUCGUGUCGGAAUUCUCUUCUUGCAAGCCUGGACUCCGAAUUUCAAUCCCAAUAAGCUAGAGUCAUCCACGACACAGGUUUGGGUUCGUAUCUUUAAUUUACCCCAUGAAUUUUGGCAUCCGGAAGUCUUGGUGGGUAUUGCUAAGCAUGUUGGUACUCCACUUCUUGUGGAUGGUUUGUCGGCAAGGGCGUUGGUUGGUUAUUUUGCUAGAGUUCUUGUUGAAAUGAAUUUAGCGCUGCCCAUACCUGACUCUAUUGAUGUGCAGUGCGAUGAGGACAUUUUUGAAAUUGAGUUUAAAUAUGAGGAUCUGCCUUCUUUUUGCCGUCUUUGCUCUACUCUUGGCCACUCUACUGAGAGUUGCAGCUCGGAGACAGAUGUUGGGCCGUCUUGCCCGACUCAGCCGGCAGAGCAAAAGGGAGGUAGACGUGGCAGACGGCGCAGGGCUAGAUCUAGGCGAAGACGUGCCAGGAGCAGGACUGUUGUCCAGGCGCUUUCUUUGGAUCCGCCGGAAGACGGGGAGGUCACGAAGGAUCUGCCAGUUGCUUCGUCGGGUACAAAGGAGAAUAAUCCUCACGAUAGCAAGGAGGACACGACUGUUAUGGAGGUUUCCGACAGCCCCGUGGAUGAGGAGAUUAUUGCAGACGAUCGCGAGGCCGUUUGUCCGGCAGCACGUUCGCAGAGGGGGGACGAGGACGGGUCUGAGGUCAUUAUGCGGUCUGUUGUAGUUCCAUCCACAGACAUGGCAGAUGAUUCGGCAGCUCGGUUGGUCAUUGAGCCCACACAUUCUGCUCAGGAAGAGUUGGCUAGUCGUAUUAGCAGGUUAGAGGAGCAGGUUAGUUAG